CUCAUACAAAAUUCCUAUCAGCGCAGUAACAUGAAUCCUUUAGGAGAGAACGGAGGGAAGACCAAUAUUCCUUCUACGGCAGCGCCUCUACCUGGGCAAGGCAAAGAGAAUGGUUGCGACAAAGUUACCGACACAACCAAGCCCGCCGCUGCGUCCCGGAAGCGUAAGUCGGAUGCAGUGGAGGACCACGAGAGCGUACCUGAAAUAGACGACAGUGAUCCCCGCCUUCACUGCGUCGACGAAACAUGCAACCAGAUCCGCAGCAAGAUCAAGAAUUUCAUCGAGGGCGGAAAUAUGAAAGUAAGCGAGUUUCAAAGAGCCAUCAAGGUGACCCCGAGCACAUAUCAGCGGUUCAUGAGACAGAACGGUACAUACGAGGGCAGCGAAUCAGUGGUGCACGGCAGAGCCUUUGCCUUCUUCAAGAAGCGCGAGCUGCAGGGAUUAAGAACCUCACCGCCCAAGAAGCCUAAGAAGAGCGAAGUAACGAAAGGACCAGACGUUGGGGACAUAGAAUUGGCGGGCGAGGAUACGCAAGAAGUGCCGGUGCACGAUACUUGCGACGAAAUCCGCAAGAAGAUCCGGGCUUUUCUGCGGAAGCCCGACGUCAGCCAAGCCGCCUUCUGCAGGAUGAUCUCUACGAGCUUCCCCCAAGAGGAACGUAAGGUACAGUCCAGGCAGCUAAAAGCAUUCCUGGACAAGAAGGGGUCCAUGGCAGGAAACACCAGCCCAGUGUUCUACGGCGCGUAUGUGUUUUUUGAGAAACAACGGAUCAAAGACGGUAAGCCGAAGUCUGAGAUGAGACUUGAGAUGGAAAAUAUCCACCCCAACGGAGUGAACACUUCGGAACCCGAGACGAGAUGGAUAUGUAAAGACAACGAACGUCCCGUUCACGACAAAUAUGGGCGCAUCCAUUUUGUUCCAGGUUGAUAUUUCCUAUAUAGCUAGCUGGUAGUUACGUCUCAGAGAGAAUGUAUUCUGUUCGUCGGAUAAGAUUACUUAGGUACAUAUGAACCGACAAGUCUGUCAAA